AUGUUUAAUGGUGGUCAAGUAGCUGUUCUCGGUCAUGGUGGUACUCAAGCUGCUGGUGUCGUUCGUCGUGGUCGUGGUCGUGGUCAAGUUGCUGUUGUGGUUCGUCGUGGUCGUGGUCGUGGUCAAGCUCCUGUUGUUGGUCAUCGUGGUCGUGGUCGUGGUCGUGGUCGUGGUCAAGUUGCUGUUGUAGUUCGUCGUGGUCGUGGUCGUGGUCAAGCUCCUGUUGUUGGUCGUCGUAUUGCUGGUGGUUAA